CCGGAAGUUCCCGUGUCUCAUUGCGUGUGCCUUGACUCGGUCGGUUUCCAGACUGUCCGCCGGGAUGAUGGCGGUGUCCCCGGUGCUGCUGCGGCUGGAGUUGGUUUUGUACGCCUGCUGCUUCAUCUGUGGCAUCGUCACCGCCGCCACACUCACCAUCGUCCAGGGCAGCUUCCGAGGUCAGUGUGUGCUGUACGGAACCGUCAGCUACAACGGGACCAUCUGGGUCCAGUCGGCCAGCUCGUCCUCUCUCUGUUAUUUUGUGUCGGCCGUCUCCAUCUUGGUGGCAGUGGUGUGCUUCUCCCUGGUUCUCUACUGGGUCUACACUCUCUGCAUGGAGGCCGACGUGCAAAGGGCGUGCGUGUGGCUGAACCUGAUCAUGGUGGUUUCUGGCGUCUUCCUGUUUUUCCUGCUCAUCGCAGGCUGCGUGCUGAAGAUCGGGCGUGACACGUUCUGCGACUCCAUCAUGCACGCGGUUCCUAACAUAACCAGAUGUCAGGAUGCUCAGAAGUCUACGUGGGCGGGUCAGCUUCAUGGAGAGAGCUUCUACAGCAACCUUCACAAAGCAGAGACGGCCGUCUGGGUCAACUUCUUCCUCUGGCUCACCAUUGGGGUUCUGGUGAUCCUUCAGCGCCGCCAGGGCUCCGGGUCAAAGAUGAUUCCCACACCGGCUGGAGCUCUCUUCGGCGAUUCGGAGACCACUGCAGCAGAGACGGAGCCGUUUUUCAACCGCCCUGGUCGGCCGCAGUGAGGACGCGGUUACAGAAAUGGGAUUAAAACCUUGAACGAACUUGGUGUGUGUGUGUGAACUCUACCAGUAAUCUGAUGAAACUAGUCCCAGUUUGGGAUUUCUGACUGCAUCAUCCAAAGAUUCACACCGACCAAAGCUCAGCUAAUCGUCUGUAUCUAGUUUGUUUCUGUCGUUCAUCUUUCAUUUUAAAUCCACACAUGAUGUGCAGGACUGUCAUUUCGCUUCAAUCAGAUUAGAUUAAAGCAGCUUUUUCCUUAAACUCAUGAAAAAAUUAAAGUAGAUUUCCUCA